AAUUGACCCCCCCUGAAGAUGUUGGUGGAAAAUGGCUAACAAGCCAGCAGAAAGAAAAGUGCAAAGUUGCCACCCCAGAACUCAUUACGACCAAAGGCAGAUUCAUUGCGCUUCUAAAAUUCGGCACAUGCACCACCACCAAACCCCGUGCGGCCAUUUCUUGGGUGAAAUAUUUCGUGCGCGCUUGUGUGUGGUGGAAACCGCAAAAAGAAUCGUUCUCGCUCACUCUCGCGCACGCGGCCCAAGCGUGGAUUUCGUUCUCUUGCUCACUUUCACAUUCCCGCAAACGCGCGCACACACACACACACACACACACACACACACACACACACACACACACACACACAGGCAUGGCAGUCAGCGUUGACUUUGCAUGAAGUAGUACUGGCCCCCGGGUUCUCGAGACGCAAAGAAUCGCGUUUCGGCUUCUUUCCUACUACGUGUUUUCGUGCUGCGGGAUUGUGCUGUGUUCGAUUCCCUUUCGCUUCUCCAGCGUACCAGAUUCCCUUUUCGCAUCAGAACAACGGCAUACAACGGCGUAUAAAACGGAUCCUGUAAUUCCCACUACCUAGUGACUGCGCUCAACCCAUAACCCAGUGAGAACGCUUUAUUAUAUCCAGUGUACCCGUGUGCUUAAAAUCAGUCAAAAUAACCACCUUCGAGGCAAGCAUCAUUGAAUCCUUCAACGAAAUGGAGGACGCAAAAAUGGUCAAGAUCGGGGACAUCAACCUGUCCGACGAUCCGGCAGUCACCCUCACCAUUCGGCUCAUCAUGCAGGGAAAGGAAGUUGGAAGCAUUAUCGGAAAAAAGGGAGAAAUCGUCAAGCGAUUCAGGGAAGAGUCCGGCGCAAAAAUCAACAUAUCAGACUGCUCGUGUCCGGAACGAAUCGUGACGGUCUCCGGAUCCAGAAGUGCGAUCUACAAAGCCUUUACGCUCAUCACCAAGAAGUUCGAAGAGUGGUGUUCCCAGUUUCAAGACAAUGCGAACACACAGGGUAAACCACAAAUUCCCAUCCGUUUGAUUGUGCCAGCUAGUCAAUGUGGUUCUUUGAUCGGAAAAGGUGGAUCGAAAAUUAAAGAAAUUCGUGAAAUCACCGGCUGUUCGAUACAAGUUGCGAGCGAAAUGUUGCCCAACUCGACGGAACGCGCCGUGACAUUGAGUGGUUCCGCUGAAGCCAUUACGCAAUGCAUCUAUCAUAUAUGCUGCGUUAUGCUGGAGUCGCCACCGAAGGGUGCCACAAUUCCGUACCGGCCAAAGCCGCAGGUGAAUGGACCGGUAAUAGUUGCUAACGGCCAGGCGUAUACCAUCCAGGGUAACUACGCCGUACCGGCACAGGAGACCUGCACAGUAUAUCCACUAGCCAUUACCGGUGGCUUGCAUGCGGGCAUCUCCGGUUUAGCCGAUCCAUUACUAAAAGGAACACAUCUACAGGGAGCGAUACCUCCACAUCAUCUACAACCGAUACCUGAUGUUUCGGGAAUCGCUAAAAAUCCGCUUGCAGGGCUAGCAGCGCUCGGACUAGCUGGUGCGAUUCCCUCCAACACGGGUGGACUUAACCCAACUGCUCUUGCCGCAUUGGCCGGUUCUCAACUGCGAACCAACAACAACCGCAACGUAGCUCCAGUUCAGUCUCAAUCCCACGAAAUGACCGUGCCAAACGACCUGAUAGGCUGCAUUAUCGGUAAGGGUGGCACCAAGAUUGCAGAGAUUCGCCAAAUUUCCGGCGCCAUGAUACGCAUUUCCAACUGCGAGGAGCGCGACAGCGGCAACACAGACCGAACGAUUACUAUCACCGGCAAUCCGGACUCGGUCGCACUAGCCCAGUAUCUGAUCAACAUGAGCGUCGAGCUUCAGAAGGCGAAUUUAGGUGACGAAGCGGGGGCAGCUGCUGCCGCCGCUGCCGCGGCUGCUACAGCACAGGUGGCCGGUGCACAGCCGGCCACGGCCGGUAUCGUACCGCCAUCGGCAGCGGCCACGCUUACCGCGGCGGCAUCCGCAGCUGCAGCUGCGGCCGCAAACUCGGGAGUUACCGGUGCGGGUGCGACCGGUGCAAACGCGGCCGCAGCUGCUGCGGCGGUAUCUAACCCACUGGCUACGGCCAUCCCGCUGGCACAGUUGCUAGCCAAACCGGGUACGCUUAAUGCGCUGAACAGUCUGUCGGCCCUCGGUAGCUUGACCGAUCUGCUUGGCAAUCUGUCCAGCGGGGCCGCCGCGGUAGCACCGAUCCAGACGACCGGUGUAAAUCGGCCCAAGACUACGCGUAUGCGCUCUCCCAACACCAACAACAGCAUGAACGGUGACAGCAGUAAGAAAAGCGAACGUAAUAAGUUCAACCCUUAUUAGAGCUAGUGUGUCGUCCUGGGGGAGGGAAAGAGCAAAUCAGAGAUAUCGGUGCAAAGCGCACUUACAGCGGGACGACGAAGCUGGUAGAUAGCCGUUAGGGCACAUUAGAGCAGGGCAAAGGUGGUCUCAUAAGGCAAAUAAGACAAUGUAACGACAGAAUUUACACAUUUUCAUAAGCAUGUUGAAGAAAGCGUGAGUAUAAAAGGAUGAAAGGAGUGGUACGGUGACAGCAAGAGGUAAGCAGUAACUAGAAUGCUCGUACUAACUCAUUAUUAAAAGUUAGAUAAGAACACUUCGGUAGGUAGGUCAACUUCCGGGGGUUCAGCUACUACUUAAGAUUCAAUAUUUAGAGUCGUACACUGUAGUACUAGUGUAAGUGACUGAGUUGGUAUAAGCGUAGGGAUGGAUUUGAUUGAAGUUUAAGCGAAAGGCAUACACAAAAUCGCUGUAUGCAUACAACUACAUGGAUUGAUUUUAAUGUUUUGUCGAAUAAGUUUUAGGAAUGCUUCUCUAUGCCAAGCAUGUAGUUUACUGCAGUAAAACUCAUUUUAUACAGACCAAACGUGCGUAUGCAUGCAGUGUUGAAAUCGGUCGGCCACAAAAAAACACCGUAAGGAUGUAUUAUUCAUUAUGAAGUAUAUGGAACUUUCGAGCAGAACGGAAUGAAAAUCUGUUACAAAUAUUAUGUUUGCCGUUUUAAUUUUCCUUAUUUAAUUUUACGGAAAAAUCACUGCCCCUGACCGUGACCGUAAAGCAAAAAUCGAAUAGACGCUGCUUUUUUCAAAUCCGUGAAAUUAUCAAACAAAAUGCAAUUGUUUACUUAGAAAUCAUCAGUUGAUUAUUUUUAAACAUUUGUCAAGUAAACCAAACGGGAUAAUUUUCAAUUAAUUGAAAAAUAUUAAAAGAAUGCUGUCGUUUCAUAAUUGUACCAGUUCUGUUAUAUGGGUGUCUGUUGGUUAAGGGAAUAUGGCAAAUGCUGUAAGGAGAUUUUUUCAAUUCAAAAUUAUGAACAAGAAAAUAGAUACACAAUCAUACAAUAGCAAAGUAAUGGGUAGAACUUUAAUUGAGUUCGAGAACGAACUUUGCGAAUGUUCUUCUUCCAUUCCCCCGUCACGAUCGUUAAUCGUCGAUACCUUCAGUGCUGUUUGCGUAACUGUUGUUAUCUGUCCACGGUGCCAUUGCCGACCUGGAGAAGGUGGAUACAUGAAGAAACAGAUAUGUGAGGGACAAAAAUACUUUCCCUAACAAGCAGAAUUGUUGUACUGCUUUCUGCUGCUACCACCCCAGUUAGACUAUGAUGAUGAGGUUUUAUUUUUAGACAUUAAUUCGACAAGGACUUUAAAACGCGUUUCUCUUUGCAAUACUCUUCACAAUGCUGUGCCACGCACCAUCCUGGCAAAUCCAAUUUCAACCAACGGCGGGGCGCUCAUUCCGAUAUAUUCUUUCAUUAUGUUAUACAUGUGUGCGGGCUGUUCGGUUUUCCAACUGGAAAUCAUGAACAAACAGCAUCGGUUCAUAUACAUAGUUGAAAGCAGUACAAAGGAUGUCCUAACAUUAGACGAAAGAGUGUAUAAUGGAGCCCCUUCUGUUCAGGCGCUCUUGAUAAUGCGCAAUUGCAUCAUUUGUUCACCGCUGCGAUGCAAAGUCAGUUCUCAAAAUCCAACCAGCCCCUAGCGUGUAUACAGAACUGAUUUUGCGAUGGAUUAAUUUUAACCCAUUUGCAAAUUUGUCAUUAGUUUUUUGUGUGUUUUGUUUUAAUGCUACAUUAGUGCGUCUUCUUUUGCCAUGAUGCAGCUGCAGGCGCUAAAAAUAAGCAGCUGCACGUUGUUCAAAUUCAGCUGUUUGGUGGGGCAAUUCCAAGAAAUGCUUUGAAAGAGCGGACGCUCCUGCGUCCGUAAUUACGUUUAAUCCCAGAUAUUAGCGACGAAAAAGAAGAUGAGAUGCUAUGCUCUGCGAUGAAUAGAUAUGCAGACCGACAGAUAGAAGAUAGUACGCUAACCCGCCAGCCUUGAGGUGCAGAUUUUGUGUGUCUGUGUCUUUACAUGUGAAUUGAUUCUGCGCUGUCAACCGCUCUCUAUUUCCAACUAAUGAAUUCUAUUGCCUACCUCUUACACUGUAAGAUGGGAAAAUGGGAAACUCCGCGCAAACUGCAGCGAUGUAUCGUACUUUCGUACCUCUGUCGCAACAGAAAGGCAGCUUCUACUACGAAUGCUACGAAAUGAUUCGAAUUUUAAUUUCAAAUUACAUUGGCUAUUUUUAGUGGUGUUAGUUUUGCGUUUGUUACUGUGCGCCUGCCACACAUAGUAUAAUGUACCUCCGGGGGUCAUACGAGUCGUACGCAAUCAGUCAGUCUGUCAAACCGUGCAGGAGACGGUCUGCUGGUCCCUUGCAAUGUUGUUUGUAGAGGGCCGGACAGAAAAUGGCACAUGAGGAGCAUGAGGUGCCACCAUGCAACCGUCAGUCAUACCUUGAUCGCAUAGGAAUUAGCCGAUGCAUUGCCGGAUUUGGAAAACAGACGCCUAUUUUGGGACCGCCCGAUCGCAGUAAGUCGCAAAUUUAUUCGCAGUUUGAACGGUCUUUGCCUUUUCUGGAUAAUUAUAUCCUAAGUUAUUUGCAGCCCUUUGGAAUUUGGACGCAAUUCGCUGCGUUGCAUUUCACCGGGGCCAUUCCUAUCAUUGAUCCUAUCAAUGAUUCAGGUUUGCUAAGAAAGGUCGGUUGUAUACUGAUCGUGUUAAAUUUCUUCUUGUAAACGCGUCGUCCAAAAAUUAAGCUAUUUGGAAGAGAUGUUUGAAGAAUCUCUCGUGCUCAGAAAUUAAAGAAUAUUGUGAAAUAAUUUGAUUGGUCAAUUUUCUUCUAUAGUUGCAUCUAGGCUCUCAGCUUAUAAAAACGAUUGUAAAACAAAAUUUUAUAAUAGAAACUAGACUUUUUUUUAGCUUAUGCAAGGUUAAAAUAUCCCUUGUCGCUGGCCCCGUAUAUUAUUGUUUUUGUCUACUCGGUUGCUCUAAUAGGCUAGGCGCCCUUGUUACAUCUGCAAAUUGUAAGCUACAAUUUAAAAAGAAAACAUCAAAAAUACUACGAAGGGGCGUAAAAGGUACACCAAAUGCAAGCGUAGUACAAAUAAAUUUACUGAUAAAACAGUAAAUAAAAAAACGGCAUGCCCACAACCAUGCUCAUCGCAUUAAGCAUAAUCUUACAUGCAGGGAGUUUAACUGACAUCCGUUAAGAAGUGCAACGCUCGAUUUUGUCUUAUUUGUUAACAGUUUCAGUUACAUAUGGCAGACAUACACUGAUGUCUAAUGAUUGGCUAGUAACACACGGUGAAAACAGUGCAGCAAAACCGAUAAUAUUCACUUAAUUAUACAGGCACAGGCGUAGCCAACAAUAUUUUAAAGUUGUUAAGUAACGUACGUAGGAAAGCAGUAUGGCACCUUAUUUGUGUGGAAGGAUGUUUUUUAAACUAUGCAGUACUUUACUUUAUUCCUCCACAUUAAGAGAUAUGCGAAGGAUAUCAGAAUGGAUAGAAUAAACUGAUGACAGCAACAUCCAUUGUAGAUGAUAAGAAUAUGUGCUCAUGGCUACAAUAUUAUACUGGAGACUAUUGAUUCACAGAUCACUCAAUUUUUACCUCUAUACAAACCAUAUUAAUGAAUAUAACAACCACUCACUUACAUUUAAUGUGUAUCUUUUCAAUAUCUAAGCCCCUUUGAAAGUUCAUUGAAUGUUGGAAAUCCUUCAACGUAGCGGGUGAAAGCCCUUAGCGCAGGAGUGAACAAACAGCCGAGAACAAAAACAGAAAACAAACAAUACACAUUUACAUAUUAUACUUUCACAAGCCAAAAAAGUAUAUCACAUCCAACCUUGACAUUUAGCCUAUAUAGUACAUGUAUUACACAGCAGUUGUUGAUUGGAUUUGUUCUGAAAGCGAGAUAAAAACUGAAGGAGAACCAAAAAGAGAGAAAAAUCCCAGCAUAGACAGGCGCGUAGAAGCAAUUAUUCACCACAUCCUUACAAUACACAUACUUACCUGUAGCUCACUGCAAAGAACAUACAGUUUAAGAAACGUUUAAAGCUACCCCCAUUAUAAAGACUCUUCCAACCACAGUAUGUGUAAUUGAAGAAAAAUGCAAGUCAAGAAAAGAAAAAUUCAAAGCGAAUAAAGGAAUAGAUUUUGAGUUAAGACGAACAAAACUACUA